AACCGUUGGCAUAACAGCGCCAUAAACGUUUCCGGUCGGGAGAGGAGGCGGUUAAUGUUACGUGAAAUGAAGCCACUUCCUGUGGAUUCUAGAAUAUUGUCUCUGACUGCUCAGAUUACUGAAAGUCCUGAUCAGGAUAUUCCUGUAUUGCUGCUAAAGUUAAAAGAAAUUUUAACAAGUGCAUCCCCAGGAAGUAAUGAAACAAAGAAAAUUAAACAAGAUUUAUACUACUGUGAUCUAGUCCAGUACUGUCUACUAGUCCUUAAGCAAGAUUAUACAAAAGUGACUGGAGGAUGGACUACUGCUGCCCAGAUAGCAGAGAUAUUAAGUCAAUGUUGUGUAGGUCUUGAGGUGAAAACAGAACGUGAAGAGUUUUACAGUAAACAGCUUCCUUCUGCAAUAGACAGCCUCCUCUUUUUGGGAAGGCGUUUGCAAGCACAAUUUGUUCGGGCAAUCAAGGAUGAAAAAAGGAAUGAAUUUCUACAUUGUUUCAGGACAGUGACUGAUGCCAUCUGUUGGUUGUGUAGAGGUCACAUCCAUCUAGUAGAAAAUGUUCUUCAAAAUAAACACUUCCAGCAAUUGCUGACAACUGAUGAUGAUGAAACAACAACCCAGACUCUGUCACUCUUGCAGAAUAUUUUAAGGACCAAUAGUAAAGCAUUAGUUCAAAUAACUGAAGAAGCCCUAUACUUCCUUCUGGAUGAACUUAUUUACAAGAUUUCCUCUACCACCAACCCUGCCAGAGGAAAUGCAACUGUUAAACUGUUACUUUUGAUCACAGAAUCCGAUGCCCAACUGGUUAUCAGAGUCAAUGCUCGCUACAAAGGGCUACAUACUCUUCUAAGCAAGCAAUGGACUGGCAAAGGAUUUGACAAGAAUCUCAAUCAAUUGCUGGAUUUGUUGGAUGCAGAAAACUCCAGUUCUUAUGAUCCACAGAGAAUGCACCAAGCAGCAUGCUUGAUCCAGGCAUCUUGGCGAGGAUAUCAGACGCGAAAAAGAUUAAAGCAGCUUCCAAAAGCUAUAACUAUCUUGCAAAGGAAAUUUAG